AUGUAAGCGUAUUUUAAGUUAAGUGGGACUUUUUGUCUAACAGUAACAAAUGUAUUAGGAUGUGCAUCUGUCUUAUUGGUUUGUGCUGCAGCCACUUCCUGUGUUAAAGGAGUGACCAACUUAAAGACAGACAGUGAGACGGAGAAUACGUUCACUUCAGUUUUCAGUUUGUCAAGAUGUCUGCAGAUACUGUCGCUGCUCCACGUUUGAGCCUGAAUGUGAGAUAUAACAGAAACGUCCAAGAGAACAGCAGAGAGGAAGAGGAGAGUCAGGUGGAGAUCUUAGAGGAUGAAGAGCAUCACGCUGAUCUCAGGCAACAAAGAGCCAGACCACACACUCAAAACAACCCUGCAGCCAACAACAGAAGGUGUUUCAGAGCUACUGCAGUGACUCUGGGAGGGUUUUAUCUUCUGAUAUUGGCUGGACUCUUCAUUCGCUUCACUUUGCUGCAGACCAGAUAUGAGAUGCUGAAGACCAGAUACAACCAACUGAGCAACAACUACAGUCAGUUACAGGAUGAAGUAAAGCAGCUGAAGAACAGAACUGAAAUUGUUGAAGUCUGUCCUCAUGGAUGGACAAGAUUUGGAUGCAGUUGUUACUUUAAAUCUAAAGAGAAGGACUAUUGGGAUGGAAGCAGAGCUGACUGUAAGAAGAGAGGAGCAGAUCUGGUUGUCAUAAACAACGAAGAGGAACAGAAGUUUGUCUCUGAGCUGAGUAAGGAUGGAGAGUCCUGGAUUGGUCUAUGGGAUGAAAGGAGACAAGCAGAAUGGAAAUGGGUGGAUGGAUCACUGCUGACAGAAACGUUCUGGGCAGCAGGACUGCCUCACUAUGACACUUACCUGUCCGCUGCAACAUGCUGCGAUCAACAAGGAAAAUGGACACAAAAUAGAUAUUAUGAAACUAAGAAGAGGAUUUGUGAGAAAAAGAUUCUUUGAACUCUGUGAUGACAUAGAAGUGUGUAGUGUUGGGAUCAACUUUGUCAAAUCAGACCAAUUCUUUAACAUUUGCUCAGCUGUUUAUUCUGUGUUGCUAAAUAACCUGGAUUACAGAGAUAUUGUUCCUCUGCCCUUCAUAGUGCACAAUCUGGUUAGAAGUCAUGUGUACUUACUCUGUAGUCCUACAGGAUUAUUAUAAUACAAGCUAAAAAAAACAUGGAUUAGCAGGUUGUCUUUACCUUGGUUUAUAUAGUUAAUUAUAAUUGUUGUAAUCAGUUAGUUAGAAGUUUUUCCUUAGAACAUUUUACACUCCACACAAAAUAAAACCCCGCCCUGCCGCCAUCUCCCCUCCCAAACCCUUCCCCACAACCAAUUAACCUUCAUCGGGCAUUUUUGUACAUUUUUCUCUUCUUUUUUUUCAUUUUGUGAUACUUUUUGCUGUGUUACUGCUUAUGGCAUGAUAUUUUGUCAGAACCUUUCUUUUUGGUCAACAUUUUUAAAUCCAGUGUUUUUUACUCGUACAUGUUUUUUAUACUUGAUUGAUUCAUUUUGUACACUCUGGACACCUUCGUGGCAAAAAUGUACAUGUCCAAAAAAUUUAUAUUAAAUCAUCACAUAUCAAUAUUGUUUUCAUUCAUAAAUCACUUAAACAACUUCUAACUUGCUCAAAACUACCAAACAUUCAAUCAUUUUCAGGAUUUUAACCAUUUUAAAUGCCAGUUUAAUUCUUUGAAGUUAUUAUUAUUUAUGAAAAACCCAACAGAACAUUAAUUAUUUUCCAUGAAAUAAAUUGUAGGGGAAUGGGGCUUUGGUAGUGAUUAGAGUCUUGGAUAUGUCAAAGAUUAUCAACAAAACUGAUUUGAUUGCAUUAGUAUUUUUGAUGUAGUGCCAGAUACUCUCUCUGGACACCUUUGUGGACA